AUGGAUGUGGGUAGAAAGCGUAUAAGGCACAGUUCCAUCAGCAUCAGUCAAGACCAACUGCUGAAGGAUCAAGGUGGCGUAGAAGAUGUGAGUGAGUUACCUCGAGGCGAAGUCAUCAAGACGAUGGCUGCUCGCGCUACCAAGGCAGUCAAGAAAUUGUUCGAAGAAGGAAAGAUACACGCUGUCAUCAACGCAGGAGGCUCGGGUGGCACAUCCCUAGCGGCAGAAGUGAUGAGAACCGCACUUCCCAUCGGCUUCCCCAAACUUAUCGUUUCUACCGUCGCAAGCGGUGACACUGGACCCAUCGUGGGAGAAACGGAUAUCACUUUGAUGUACAGCGUAGUGGACGUCGCUGGUCUCAACCAGGUACUCCGAAAUGUACUCAGUAAUGCUGGAGCCGCCAUCGCGGGAAUGGCUCGAGCUUACGCGGCUCGUCAACAAGAUUCCGUUCAAUCCAAGAAGAAGCGUGUUGGUAUCACCAUGUUCGGUGUUACUACUCCAGCCGUCGACUCAAUACGCACACAUCUGGAGGCGAAUUACGAUAUCGAAACGUACGUCUUCCAUGCUACCGGCCACGGCGGAAAAGCAAUGGAGCGACUUAUCAAAGAAGGAGGCCUUGAUGCAGUGCUGGAUCUCACCACUACCGAAAUAUGCGACCACAUCACCGGCGGUGUGAUGAGCGCGGGCGAGCAUCGUCUCGAGGCUGCUGCAGAAGCUGGAAUACCAUAUAUCGUCUCCGUAGGCGCGACUGACAUGACAAACUUUGGCCCCAUGAACACGGUACCGGAACGAUACAAGGACCGCAAACUUUACGAGCACAACCCUGUCGUCACCCUGAUGAGGACAUCCGUAGACGAAGCGACUCAAGUCGGCGAUUUCAUUGCGGCGAAGUUGGAAACUCAUGCAAAGAACCCUGAGGUGAUUCAGAUAUGGCUUCCAAAGGGCGGUAUCAGCAUGAUUGCGGUCCCUGAUGGGCCGUUUCAAGACGAAAAGGCGGAUGCGGCGCUCUUCGAUGCGAUAAGAAGAGGGCUCCAGGAUAGUAAGGUCGAGAUAAUCGAGGACGAGCGCGCAAUCAACGAUCAGAACUUCGCGCGCGACAUCGCGGAAGCUCUGAUCGCGAAGAUGGGUAUCGGUCGGAAGGCGAAUUGA